AUGGCAUUGCCCCUGAAACCGUGCUUCAACUGGGAAACCUCUUUGCAAACCAUGAACGAUCCUGCAGAAAUGAGCAGUUACUGUUCCUUCUUCCAAGAAGAAACACCACCACCGUUGCCAGAUUUUUCAGAUCAUGAAAGCUUCUUCUUCCUUAAUAAUGAUAAUCAAAACAGUUUAUUGUUUGAUUAUUAUUAUUCCUUCCCAGAAUUGACCUCCCCUCUUGAAUAUCAGACACCAUCAUUUCUACAGAUAUCUGACUAUAACAUUAACGUCUUCCCAAGUGAUGAUGAUCAGACCUUCCAAUAUCCCUACCCUAAUAAUAAACGCCAGAAGUUGUGCUUUGAAGAUAACAACUAUCAUUUACCAUAUCAUUAUAAUGAUAUUGAUUAUUAUUUCUAUGAUGGGUUUGAUCAGCAAAGUAGUAAUCAUUAUCCUUACUGUUCUUCCUUAAUGCUGGAGCUUAAUGAUGGAGUUCCACCUCUGCAACUUCCGGCGCCGGCGAGUGAUUAUGGUGAGAAGAUAUGGGGCGGCGGGGAGGUGAAGACGGAGAGGAAGGUGUCGGCGCAGAGCAUGGCAGCGAGAGAAAGGAGGAAGAAGAUAGCAGAGAAGACGCAGGAGCUGGGGAAGAUGGUUCCAGGAGGGUGUAAGAUGAACACAGCUGAGAUGCUUCUUGCAGCUUCCAAGUAUGUCAAGUACUUGCAAUCUCAAGUUUCCAUGCUUCAACUUAUGAACACACUCAUGGAAGAUAAGCCAUCAACUUUGAGUGAUAAUCUAUAUCAGCAAUUGCAAGCAAUACUUGGCAGUCCCGGUGUAGAAGAGAAGCUCUACUUGCAAGAAAAAUGUUUGGUUCCACAACACUUGGUCACCACCUUGACAAAUCAUACUGAUAUCCAGGCAAGACCUUCCAUUCUCAAAGAUCUUAAUCAGCUUAUCAAUGUCACAGACAUUCAGAAGAAACAGCUCCAAUAA